GCAGCAGAGGCGGCCAGCUCCGACGUUAAUCAAUGGUACAGGCGCGCUCUGAGGCGAAUUGAGGCCCAGUGGCAUGAUAUGAGCGACUGGCGUGAAUUGGGCGGCACGGCCAAAACAUAAAUACCUGAAGUCAGGCAAGUCGCUGCAUUGCAUCAGCCAAUCAGAACUCAGCUUUGGGCACGUGACUUUUUCAGACAGUGACUCGAUCAGCGGGCAGAAUACUAAUCCAAAGCGAGCGUUUUUGUCCUGAACUUUCAUCUUUUUCCUUUACCUGUUUGAGCCGCAGGUUCUCAGAGCUCAUCCAGCUACUUUUGGGCGAUCGCGGUUGGUGUGAAAUCACUUUCUCGGCUCGGGGGGGGGAAAACGUGGAUUUCGUUGUCUGACUAUAAAUCAGUGCUCGAUUUCUUUCCACCUGCUUUAGGAGUCUGUGGACAAAGACGCCACUUCUUUCUCUGAGCUGCACUUCAACAGAGCGACCCUGUUCCAGUACGAGGAAAUGUUCAGCUGUGCGCUGGCGGACUUCAGGCGAGCGGCAGAGCUGGACCCGAGCUUGGACGAACCUCCAGAGAGGGAGAAUCAGCUGCUGGAGUACCUGAAGAAAGUGACUGAACUCUUUCAGAACAAGGGGAAAGUCAAAGCGCGUCAGCUACGGAAGAUGCUGUCAAACCUCAACACGUCGGCGUUGGGCCCGUGCUCGUCGCCCAAGUUUUGCUGCCCUUCUGGACGCGUGGGCAGCUUGGAGCCUCGAACCUUUUCCUCCCUUAAAAUGGGGCACAAUGCCGGGCUGGCUGCUCUGGGGAAGGUGGUUUUCAGCCUGGCUUCUGAGGGUCGCAUGGCUUUUACGUUUGGGAUGGUUGACAGCGAGGAGACAUGUGUGGUGGUGAUGGUUUACAAUGCAGCCAACAGCUGGGGCGUUCUGAUCGGCGACUCCGUGGUCAUUCCUGAGCCAAACGUCAAGCGUCACAGUAUCACACAUAAAGACCAGUCUUUCGAUUUCAAAAGUAUCCGAGUGGACUCUCCUUUGCUCCUCAUCGUUAACGGCAAGAAGCAGAACCUCCAGAGUCAGAUUCCUGUUUCAGUCAGCUACAAGUACAACUUCAGCUAAACCCACAAGAAAAAAGCUUCUUUUGUUGAAAGACAAAAACAGUUGGUUCAUGCUUUACAUAUUCAUUUUGUAAAUGUACAUUAUAUCUGUUUGUAUUUAAUGAUGUUCUUUUAUUAAUUGUGUUCCAAUAGAGGUUUUUGUUAUUAAAAAAAAAAAAAACUCCCAUAAUUCCA